GGUUAGCUUUUAUCACCACGGGUUACGACCUCAUAACCGUCGCUUGCUAUAGCUAUGUGUAUUUAGCUGUAGUAAAGACGAUAUUGCUCUCAAAUGUGGGUCUACAACAUAUUGCUAGUUGCGUUGUCUUUGCACGUUACAUGUCAAGAAAAUCAGGAUUCUAUCUUAUAUUAUUAUGGUAUAGACGAGAGCGAGCGCAGCCUGCCCUCGUGCGCGCCGGGCGCGGCGUGCGCGGCCGUGCUGCACCGCUACUGGCGGCCGGCGGCGCUAGUGCGGCUGUGCCGCUGCCCGCGCCGCGCGCGCUGCGACACGCUGCUGCCGCAAGAUCAGCGGAUCGAGCUCAACAACCGCGCGCACUUCCAAUUUUGUAAACCUAUCACCGACUGGCCGGAUUGUUCCAUCGGCGACGUUCCGCUGACCGUCCAAUCUCCUUACGCCCGCAUCGACCCCGAACAAAUAGAAAGCUUACAUCACAAAAACAUACAACUUGCGCCUCCAAAAAUCACAUUUAAAUGUCUCUGUCGGCACCCCACAUAUUGGAAGUUGAUUUCUACUAUAGAAAACGAAGAUAUUAGUCAAUAUCGAUGUGCUGCGCUGCCUUCUUGUAGGACAGGGGAGUUGUGCGGUCACGUUACUGGGGACUUAUUUGCUUUAUAUCAGUCGUGCACGUGUCCUAAGCAUCACAUCUGUGUGCAAGGGGGAGGGUUGCCGGAGACCAGUAUGUCUGAACUUCUCUACCGGGGGAAAGGAUGGCGGGCUCAUUGUGAACGCAUCAGCGACGAGUAUAGUUACGAAGAUUAUUAG